UCCGUAGUUUCAUACGCCAUGCCUAUCAAACAAACCGGACAAAAACCAGUUUCUCCAGUUCAAUUUCAAUAUUUCGGACGACCUAAACCUUCCGGUAGAGUGGAAGCAAUAAUGGAAGAAGAGAACCGUUGCAAAUUCUGGCUCACCAGAAAGAACCGAUUUUGUGCUAAUGGCCGCCUCAACGAUUCUCCCUUCUGUGGCAAUCACAAGUCGAGGUCCGAUGGCCAGUGGAUCCCCUGCCCGAUUGACCCUUCACAUUCUGUUCUUAAAGAAAAUCUCGACGGACAUGUUACAAGAUGCCCAUUGUUGAAACAAACGCAGUGUUUGUCCCUGCAACCUUUCUACCAGAAGGGCAUUAAUGCAGGUAAAGAAGAAGAGGAGGACAUUACAUCUGAAAUGAAGAGGAAUGCUAUUUACGGCAUGACUGUAUCUGAAUUUUGUAAAUUAAUAAAGAAGAUUGAGUCAAUACAUGCUUUGAUAUGUAAGGAUAUUGUUGAAUCUUAUAAGAUGCCUGAAGCUUGUAACGUUUGGAUUAGGAGAGAAAUAGACAGGAAAUUACCAUUUCAAGAGAAACACGUCAAGCAACAAGCAUCAAUUCUUGGAAAUUUGGAGGAUUUUGGGGCGUUAAAGAGUUAUUCUGAAAAGGAACAAUGUGAUGGUGAGGGGCUAUAUCUCGACAAUGCAGCCCCUGCAGUAGUUGAAUUUGGAGCGGGGAGAGGAUACUUGACACAGAUGCUGGCAGAUUGUUAUGGGAUUCAAAUGGUCUUUUUGGUUGAACGAAAAUCAUAUAAACUUAAGGCUGAUCGAUCUCUGCGACAAAAAGACAAUUUGACAUUAGAGCGUUUGAGAAUUGAUAUUGAGGAUUUAAACUUGAAUGCAGUUGAAUCACUGCUGGGUCUUCCUUUUCUAGCUAUAGGCAAACAUCUUUGUGGGCCUGCAACUGAUUUGACGCUAAGAUGUUGCCUUCCGGAACAAAGUAGUGAAACUACUAUGGAAAAGUGCAGUGUCAAUCAUUCCCUUAAGGGCCUUGCUAUAGCAACAUGUUGCCAUCAUCUUUGCCAGUGGAAGCAUUAUACAAAUAAAAAAUUCAUAGCAGACCUAGGAAUCACAAAGGAAGAAUUUCAUGCAAUUACAUGGUUUACAAGCUGGGCUGUAGAUGCUGAUCAUGGAUCAGAUCUUUCUAUUGAUUGUGAAUUGCAUCUACAAUACAUGGGGGAGGACUGGUGCAGUGGUGGUGCAAAUGGGAUUGAAGAUGUAGUGAGAAAUAUGAAAGCAGUUGACAGGGCUGUGUUGGGUUUUAUGUGUAAACAAAUCAUUGACACAGGAAGGAUGAUGUGGGCAAAAGAACGAGGAAUGGAAGCACAGCUUGUUAAGUAUGUCCCAUCAUGCAUUUCUCCAGAAAACCAUUUAUUGAUCGCAAAAUAUGCCAAGUGCUCAUGAUUCAUGAGAUGCACAGGUUUUUCCUUAUGUUUGAGCAUUCUUGGUUAUAAAGAACAGAUUGCUUUCCUUCAUGUUAUCUCCAGAGUGAAUGCAAACAGAAAUGCUGUGCCUGUCUUUGUUCUGUGGAUCAAUUGUUUGGUAGAAUCACAGAGUUUUAUUUUCUUGCUAUUUCAAUAUCCUGAGUAUUCGACUAGUUUGGUAUACCUACUGCUUAUUUGGAUGCUGCUUUUCCUUGUAAUAGUUGUCAAUUUUCGCAGGAUCAGGUGGGUGUAGAAUUUAGUGUCAUCUUAUUUCAUAGUCCGAGUACGAGACCUGAAAGCCUGAGUAGCCAUUGGAGGGUUACAGAGUAAUAAUUAUUUUUCAAAACGUUUGUUUAUUGCAAA